AAGAUCCAUUGGUAGGUUGUGAAAUAACAAUUCAGAAGGAUGUAACCAGCAUAAAAAACAGGAAGGAAUAGAAAAUGUAUAAGUUUAUCACAUGUGGUUAAAGAUGGCAGUUCCUGGAUUUACACUUGGUGCCUUCAUACUUCUGUUGCACGUUAGUUCUGUGGCUAAUUAUCCCAAUGGAAAAAUAACAAAUUCAUGUCAUAGAAUGAUUCCUGAGCAUGGUCAUAGCCCACAAUCUGAUCCUGUUCACCACAUUUCAGUGAGUCAGAUGACAUUCAGACCAGGAGAUCAGAUUAAAGUUACUUUGUCAGGGUUACCCUUUAAAGGCUUUCUCUUAGAAGCACGUGACACUGAGGAUUUGAGUGGUUCUCCUAUUGGCUCCUUCACAUUGAUUGACAGUCAAGUGUCACAGCUUCUGACCUGUGAAGAUAUACAGGGAUCAGCUGUGAGCCACACAAAUCCAUCCAAAAAAACAGAAAUUAAAGUCUACUGGAAUGCUCCCAGCAGUGCCCCGAAUCAUAUACAGUUUCUAGUCACGGUUGUUGAGAAGUAUAAAAUCUACUGGGUGAAGAUUCCUGGUCCUAUAAUUUCACAACCAAACGCACUUCCUUUUACAACCCCUGAAACUACAAUUGCACAUUUGUCAACAUUACCUCCAGUCUCCCAUUUAACCAAAUCAUUCAAUGCUUCAGACUGUGGAAACAAGAAGUUCUGUAUUAGGAGUCCAUUGAGCUGUGACCCAGAGAAGGAGCGUGCCUGUUUUUUCUUGUCCUUCACACGAGAUGACCAGUCAGUGAUGGUUGAAAUGAGCGGUCCCAGUCAAGGCUACUUAUCCUUUGCAUUUUCUCAUGACCGAUGGAUGGGUGAUGAUGAUGCUUAUCUGUGUAUUCGUGAAGAUCAGACUGUGUACAUACAACCUUCUCAUUUGACGGGGCGAAGUCACCCUGUGAUGGACUCCAGGGAUACUCUUGAGGAUAUGGCUUGGCGGUUGGAAGAUGGUGUUAUGCAGUGUUCUUUCAGAAGAAACAUUACCCUUCCUGCAGUUAAGAAUAGAUUUGAUCUAAACACAAGCUAUUACAUAUUUAUAGCAGAUGGUGCAGCUGAUGAUGGUCGAAUUUAUAAGCAUUCUCAGCAACCUUUGAUUACAUAUGAAAAACAUGAUGUGACAGACUCUCCAAAGAACAUAGGAGGAUUCCAUUCUUUACUCCUUCUGAAGGCUCAUGGUGCCUUAAUGUUUGUGGCAUGGGUGACAACUGUUAGCAUAGGUGUACUGAUUGCUCGAUUCUUCAAACCUGUUUGGUCAAAGGCUUUCUUGGGCAAAGCAGUUUGGUUUCAGGUGCAUCGAAUGCUCAUGCUCACUACUUCUGCUCUCACCUGCAUUGCUUUUGUUCUGCCUUUUAUUUACAGAGGAGGUUGGAGUUGGUACGCAGGUUAUCACCCAUACCUUGGUUGUAUAGUGGUGAUUUUAGCAGUUCUUCAGCCUCUUCUGGCAGCCUUCAGACCACCUUUACAUGACCCAAGAAGGCAAGUGUUUAACUGGACUCAUUGGAGUAUGGGAACAGCUGCUAGAAUAAUAGCAGUGGCCGCAAUGUUCCUGGGAAUGGAUUUACCAGGAUUGAAUCUUCCUGGCCCAUGGAAAACCUAUGCAAUGAUUGGAUUUGUAGCCUGGCAUGUUGGGACUGAGAUUGUUCUGGAGAUACAUGCUUACCGACUCUCUCGAAAUGGUGAAAUACUGGAUGACGCUAGAAUUCAGAUCCUCCAGUCAUUUACUGUAGCUGAAGCAGAAGGUCAUGCUUUUAAAAAGGCAGUGUUAGCAAUUUAUAUCUGUGGGAAUGUGAUUUUUCUCAUCAUAUUCUUAUCUGCAAUCAACCGCCUAUGAGCAAGCAAAGACCUUGGCUUUGCAGACCAGGUGAUGAUUAUCAUCAAGCCCAAGAAACUUGAAACCUGUACUGACUGCCCGGAGCCUAUUCGUGAAUUCUAAUUUAGAAGACCAGGUCACGUCUAUAGAGGAAUUCUGAAGUCUGGUCUUUGGAGAUCAACAUUCAGCAGGGUCUUAUGGAUUAUAAAGUGAUGUCAAGCCUUUAAGUGUAAUUCUGAGCCUUAAAGGGAAGGUUGUAUUGGAGGAGAAAUGACUCUCAAAUAUUUUUAUGCUGAGAUUUUAAGAAUGUUAGCAUUAAAGAAAGUAAACAAGAACUAUUUGGAAAACAAAAAAGAUAUCAUUAGGAUAAAAAGGAGAUUGUAUUAAGGUAAAUAUAUUUUGGACUAUAAAGGUGCUGUGGUACUUGAAAGAAAACACUUAUUUUUACUAGUUUAUCUGAAUGGUCUUUAUUAGGACUUUUUGAGAAACUAUGUUUUUCAGUCCAGUUUUUUGGACAUGUGCUUUGCUCUAUGUGUUUUGUUACUUCUCUGGUAAAGAUGGAAGUGGGGCUGACCCCAUUGUAGGUUUCAUUAACAUUUAAAUAUAUUAUGAAUGUUAUAAUUUUUUUCUUAGCUUGAAAUGCAAGUAUGCAUCCUCUGCUUAAAGACUGUCUUUAUAUAUUCAGCUACAGGGCUGAAAUGGCAUUUUAUAUGUUAGUUGUUUUGACUAUAAGAUUUAAGUCCCAUAGCCUUUGGAGAUUGUAGACUUGCAUUUCAAAAUUAAUAAAUCUCACCCUCGUGACCAUGUCUAAGCUAUUCUCUUUCCUUACGGUAAUAAAAUAAUAUGGGUGGUUCUGUUUUGUUAGAAGUUUCUAGUGCUCGAACGAAUAAGAGCAAUCAAUCAACGUUAUUUUUCCUUCCUAUUUCAAUAAUUUAUCUUCUAUCUUAUGGCUGGGGCUUGCAUUUGCUAUGAGGACUUCUAGCCAGUGGGUGGUGCCAUAAUACCAAACUACUGCUUCUUGAAUCCUUGUGCUGUGAUUCAUUUUUAGUGUUUAGAUAUAACAUCAUGGGAUGGUAUUUUCCUUAAAGUCCACCAACUCUUAAUCUUUAUUUGAAAAAAUUUUGCCUUUUUUGGGGAAGGGGGAGUCGGGGUUAUGGGUUAGAAACUGAAUUUGGGGACCAGUGUUGUUAUUUUCUGGCUUUAUUUUUGUUCGUUUUCUAACCAUAAUUAUUUGUAACAAUUGUUUGAUAUUUUCCUUUACAUUCCUAUGACCUUAUAACAAAUGAAUACAGCCAUCUUAGGCAAAGGAAACAAGCAAAACUGGACAUUCUUAAAAUAAAAAAGUUUAGGGAGGCAUAUUGUAUUUCUUUAAGUCUUCUUUCUGAUUAUGUUAUAGUUUCUGCUUGGCCCAAGGACCUAAUUUCUCUCUGGUGUAAGUAACAGCCUCAGCCGUGUAUCCUGCAUCUUUUACUGAGUAAAACAACAUGGAAGUUUUGUUUGUUUUUCCUUAUAUAGGGGUUUAUCAUAAGUAGCUUUGGGUUGAGAAGUGAACUUUCUGUGUACAUGUUCUAUAAGUCAGGCUACUUACAGUCUAAACUUUCUUUUUGAAUGUCUUUAU